AUGAAGGUUGAAAAUAACAUAAUUAAGGAGGAUCCCUUUUCAGUCUCUCAUGUUAUAGGUGAUAGACUCUUACAAGGAUGGACAUUAUUAAAUGCAACCUGCCAUAUAUGCAAUAUUACCCCCCUCAUAAAACAAAAAAAUAAAGAAGACCGUUACUGUGCCAGGUGCGAUUUAUUUAUAAAAAUAAAAGAGGAGACUUCUAAUCCGAAUGAAGAAAAAAUAAACGAUAAAUUAAACGGAGAAAUUAUAAAAGACAAAAAAAAAGAUAACCAUGAUGAUGAUGAGAAUUUAUUUAAUGGACAUGAUAAAGAAAGUAGUUUAAAGAAUGAUCCUUUAAUGUAUAUUAAAGAAAUAAAAUUACAAAAUGAAGAAUUUAAUAAUAUAUUAAAUAAAAAUAAUUUAUGUACUAAGGAUCUAGUAGGUGAUCUUCUUGAAUAUAAAAAUUAUAUCAAAGACAGAUGUGGAUAUAAUGUAGCAGAGUGGUUGAAUAUGGAAACAAUAAAGGCAAAUCAAGCAAAUCAUAUAAAUGAAAAAAAAAAGGACCAAGAUAUAAUAAAUGAAAAAAAAAAGGACCAAGAUAUAUUAAAUGAAAAAAAAAAGGACCAAGAUAUAUUAAAUGAACAAAAAAAUACAUAUAACCAUACAAACAGUUAUGAUGAAGAAUGUAUUUAUAAUAUACAUAGAAAAUAUUUUAAAAAUAUAUAUCAAAAUAAUGUAGAUGAAAAAAUUGAAGACAAUCCUAUUAAUGUUCUACAUAAUGUAAGGAGAGAUUUAAAAAUAUCAGAAGAAAAUUAUUUUUGCCCAUCAAAUUUACAUUCAAAUAAAUAUAAUAAAUUAGAAACAGAAUUCUUUAUUUUAAAUAAAACCAAAAAUAUUCUUAUGGAUAAAUUAGAAAAAUUUACAGAUAAACUUUAUAGAAAUGAUAAUAAAAAUGAAGAACUUGAAAAUAUCAAUCACAUUGUAACUAUUGUAACCAUACUAGAAAAAAUUAAUAACUUAAAAAAAUAUGUCAUGGUGUAA